GUGGGGGGCGGCUCCAUCACCGGGGGGGAUGUACUCCAUCGGGCCCCAGGGCAAUGAAGGGUGCUGGGGACCCUGGCACAGAGUAGGGGUCUGGCCUGGGCAGGUGAGAGCCACCCUCUGGGUGGGGGCAGCUCGGGGCAGGCUGGCUCUGGAGGAGGGCCUGGAGCAGCCCCUGGGGUGGGGGGGACGUCCUUCGCCCUCCCACACCUUGUGCUGUCCUGGGGGGCCCUGCCCAGAUCGUGGCCUUCAGCAAGGGUCAGAGCACGUAUCGUGGAGGAGAAGGGAUUUAAUCCAGCCUGGGCUUUGAAAACCUCAAGGCUCGAGCACCAGCCCUAAACAGCAGCCCUUCUCUGUUGUUUCUUGUUUAGCAAAGAGUUACCUGACAUUAAAAGUAAAGAUUUAAGAUCCAGAAUGUGGUGUCUGCAUGGGGGUGUGCUGAGAAGAAGGGCCUUUCUUGCUGCCCGGUUAAUUUUCUGGCUCCCGUUGUGCCUGGCUUUAGGACUUUUCCUACCCUGACAACAUAGGGGAAAUCAAUACGGCACACCUGCGUGGUCAUUUAUCCAAGUUAAAUGAGGCCAUGGAGCUGCGUUUCUGUGCAGAUAGUCAGCGGGUGUGAUAACAGCGUUUGUGCUGCUUCAUGCUGUGCUGCCGGCAGCAGUGAAUUCCCCUCGGAGCCUGCCAGUGCAGAACGAAAGCACCCGCCUUCGUUUUGACUCAGCAGCAGAGAGCGUGUUGGUUUGCAGGGCAGGGAUGCUUCUGACUCGAUACCAGGAACACAGCAGCUCGGUUUCUCAUGUCAUUGCAGCACAAUAAAGCACCUUGAGUGAUGCCCAAGAAGUUCCAAGGUGAAAAUACCAAGUCGGCUGCUGCCCGCGCGAGAAAAGCUGAGGCAAAGGCAGCAGCCGAUGCCAAGCGUCAGCAGGAGCUGGAAGAUGCCUACUGGAAGGAUGAAGACAAACACGUGAUGAGGAAGGAACAAAGGAAGGAGGAGAGGGAGAAGCGGCGGCUGGAGCAGUUGGAACGCAAGAAGGAGCUGCAGCGCCUGCUGGAGGAGGAAGACUCGAAGCUGAAAGGGAAGUCGCCCAAGCAGGUCACUCCGGGCAAAGUCACCAGGGCCCAGAUCGAGGAGACGAUCAGAAAAGACCAGCAGCAGAGGGAGAAUGCCGAUACAGUGGAGAAGGAGAAGACUCACUUGGAGGUUCCCUUGGAAGAGAACAUCAACAGAAGGGUGCUGGAGGAAGGAUCGGUGGAGGCCAGGACGAUUGAAGAUGCCAUUGCUGUCCUCAGCGUCGGCAAUGAUCCGGACCGGCAUCCCGAGCGCCGGAUGAAAGCUGCCUUCACGGCUUUUGAAGAGGUCAAUCUGCCGCGCCUGAAACAAGAGAACCCCAACAUGCGGCUGUCCCAGCUCAAGCAGCUCCUCAAGAAGGAGUGGAUGAAGUCUCCGGAAAACCCCAUGAAUCAGAGGCACAAAGCGUACAACAGCCAAAAGUAGAACUAGAGCUGAUCGUCGUGUCCCCCCCGGACAGUGGGCUGGAGCCGCCCCCCUCCCCGCCAGCUCCGGGCUCUGCUCGGAUGAAAACAGGAGACACAAGGAACCUCCUCGCCUUUUGUUUCCCUUUCCUGCCCCCACUUUUUGUCUUUCUCUCUUCUUGGAUUUAAAAUAAGCACGAGGCCACCGCUCGCGUGGCCUUGGGACCCUGCAGCGUCCUCACUGAUGCCCUGUCCCCCCCCGCACCGUGACGUGCUCACCCCUCCACAGCGAUGACCUGGACAGACUAACACUACCUUCAUGCUUCCAAAUUCGGUUGUUGUCUUAAAAAAAAACCAAAACCCCUAUUAACUCGCUUCCAGACCUUCAGCAGCUUGUGGGGCGCAUCCUACCGAGGCGGGGAUCCCCCCCCGCCCCGUGCUGGCUCAGCGCCCUGCGUUCACCCGCUCGCAGCCUGGACCGGAGCCCAACCGCCUUCAGCCCCGUCUCUACCCUCCUGCUCCGCGGGGUGAAUUUUUGAAGCCGUCGGGAGGAAGGGACCUCACCCGUCCUCUGUCCUGGGGUGUCCCCGAAGAGCUUCCAGACUGCCACCUCUCUCCUCUUGAUCUCGGAUGGGGAGGAGGAACCGCCAUGAGAGAAGCGGCUCAGCGCGGUGGUGUGGGGCAGAGAGAAAACGAGCUUCUAUCUUGGAGAGGGAAUGGGAGAAAUAACACAGCGCGGUGCGGUUCCUGCCUUGUCCGUGCAGGACGCUGGCACCAGACUUCUCUCUGUCGCUUCCCUGGUGGCCUUGCCCGCGGCCUCACACGCUGCUGGUGGGACUGGAGGGUUCCUGGAGGGGCUGCGAACCCCGCGCUGCCCGAGAACUGCCCCAAGAAGGGAACCUGCUGCUUCUCCCUCCGCUUCUUCCCCUGCCUGCUCCCAGCCUGGGGCAAGAACGUGCCCUGUAGGGCUGUGGAUGGGGGACUGUCACCUCGGCAGCUUCACCCGCCGCUGGGCCACUAACCUGGCUGUGUCCCGCUUCGGCCGCAGCCCCGGGCUCUCUCUGCUGGCCCCGGGCUCUCUCUGCUGGCCCAAGCAAGAAGAAAUGGGUGAGCUCCCGUGGGAGAGUGGUGGCGGCGCCCGCGCAGGGCCGGAGGGGCUCAGCCCGAGUCCUGCCCCUCACCUGGAGCAGGGACUGGCUUUUCCUCUCUCCCUCUCCCCUUUCCCGGCUCUUUUGGGGGGGAAACUCUUUUCCUGAGCUCUAACCACCCCCCACCCCGCCGCCGGCAGCAGCUCCGUUGAUGUUGGUGCUUAUUUGUGUGUUUAACUGGGGCUGCCGGUUAAACCCAGAGCUGGCUCCUGGUCCUGCUGGGGUGUCCUUCUGAUGGCACUAAACAGAGGGGCAGCCAGGGUGGCCUCUGUCCCCGCCGAGGGUCACCUGCCAGCGGUGGGGGGGGGGGGGGGGGGGGCUGCAGGACCCCUCCAGGCUGCGGGGGCGAUUGCACUUUGGGGGUGAAGGGCUUUGAGGAGGCGAUGCUGAACCCCAGACCCUGCGGCCCUUGGGGGCUCUCCCCGGCCCUCUGCCACCUGCAGGCUGAAGGUCCCUGCCACUGUCCCCCCCAGCCCCCGAUGGCCGGUAGGGACAGGGAGGAAUGUACCCGGUGCCCCCCCCCCCCCCCCUUUCUGUGAGAAGUUUGUUGUGUUUG